UCAAUAAUGUCCCAUGCCUCUGAACUGCCUGGUGCUCAAACUUGGACGCGGACUGAAAAUAAUGUUGUUUCCCGCGGGAGCGAGCGUUCCGGUCACCGAAAGCGAGCCUCGGGACUCGUGUUUGAGUUUGUAAAAUUGUUUUAAGAACUCUGAAUAACUCACCGGCUUGUUUUUGGACUCUUGCUGAUAAUGGCAAGCAGUAGCUGAGUGUUUUGAUCCCGGUCAGUGACAGCCUGCAGACGGCAGGGAGAGCUGUGUGGCGAUCACGCAGUACUUGAUUAUGAGCGCUCGCAAGAAGUGAAGAGAAUCUGGGAGCUGAUUUCUCGCUGGGACGACAAUAGGUUUAACACAGUGUGUGGCAGAUCAAAGCCAGAGGAGCCAUGGAGGCCUCACAGGACCUCAGCGAACAGAUGGUAAAGAAAUCACACACUGAAUCUCAUGUUCCAGACCCUUCAGACGUCAGGUCUAUGGAAAUGCAGGACCUAGCCAGUCCUCAUAACCGAGUGGGAGGUGGAGAUUCGACAGGCUCCAAGCUGGACAAGAACAACCUUGGCAGCCCGUCUAUCACCACCAAUGGAACAGGAGGUGAAAGCAUGACCGUUCUUAACACGGCUGAUUGGCUGUUGGGCUGCAGCAGCCCAUCCCCUGCCACAGGCUCCAAGGAAUAUGUGAAAACAGAGCCGUUGAACAACAGCGAUACAGUUACUACGACAGGGGACACAGCCCUAGAUACAUACGCAGGCUCAGUAAUCACCAGCAGCGGCUACAGCCCUCGUUCAGCCCACCAGUACUCUCCCCCUCUCUACCCAUCCAAGCCCUACCCUCACAUCCUCUCCACGCCGGCAGCUCCUUCCAUGCCGACGUACACCGGCCAACCUCAGUUCAGCAGCAUGCAGCAAUCAACCGUCUAUACUGCUUAUUCGCAGACAGGCCAGGCCUACGGAUUGUCUACCUAUGACCUCGGUGUGAUGCUUCCCGGCAUAAAAACAGAAAGCGGCCUAGCCCAGAGUCAGUCUCCUCUGCAGACAGGCCUCAGCUACAGCCCCGGCUUUACCACACCUCAGCCUGGACAGACUGCCUACUCCCCCUAUCCAAUGCCAGGUUCCAGUUUCACUCCUUCCUCAGGCCUCUACACCACCAACAACUCAGUGUCCAACCCCGCCAACUACACUGCCACACAGCAGGAUUAUCCCUCAUAUACGACAUUUGGCCAAAACCAGUAUGCUCAGUAUUAUUCCACCUCCCCUUACGGGACGUACAUGACCUCCAACAACGUGGAUGGCACCGGUUCCACAGCAGCCUACCAGCUGCAAGAUCCCACCCCCGCCAUAACUGGACAGGCUGCUGAACUUCACCCAGGGGACUUUGAUACAGUGCAGAGCCCUUCCACACCCAUCAAAGAGCUGGAUGACAGAGCCUGCCGGAGUGGGGGGUCUAAGUCUCGGGGCAGGGGCCGCAAGAACAAACCCUCCCCUCCUCCUGAUAGUGACCUGGAGAGGGUGUUUGUUUGGGAUCUGGAUGAGACGAUUAUUGUCUUCCAUUCUCUGCUCACAGGCUCCUAUGCACAAAAAUAUGGCAAGGACCCUCCCAUGGCGGUAACACUGGGUCUGAGGAUGGAAGAGAUGAUCUUCAACUUGGCUGACACACACUUAUUUUUUAAUGACCUGGAGGAAUGUGAUCAGGUGCAUAUUGAUGACGUGUCAUCAGAUGACAAUGGCCAGGACUUAAGUACUUACAGUUUUGCAACUGAUGGCUUCCAUGCAGCUGCAACCAGCGCAAACCUGUGCCUGGCUACGGGCGUCCGCGGUGGAGUCGACUGGAUGAGGAAACUGGCCUUCCGCUACCGACGAGUCAAAGAGUUGUAUAGCACGUACAAAAACAAUGUGGGGGGUCUGCUGGGUCCUGCUAAGAGAGACGCCUGGCUGCAGCUCAGAGCUGAGGUGGAAGCUCUGACUGACUCCUGGCUCACCCACGCACUCAAGUCCCUGUCCAUAAUCAGCUCCAGGAGUAACUGUGUAAAUGUGUUGGUGACCACAACACAGCUCAUACCAGCGCUGGCCAAAGUUCUCUUAUAUAGUCUGGGAUCUGUUUUUCCUAUUGAGAACAUUUACAGUGCAACAAAAAUAGGAAAAGAGAGUUGCUUUGAACGCAUAAUGCAAAGGUUUGGCAGGAAAGUAGUGUAUGUUGUAAUUGGGGACGGUGUGGAAGAGGAACAGGCGGCCAAAAAGGUAAUGGACCCGCAACCUCACCGUGACCCCCGCCUACUCAGCACAGCGUGUGCUCUGAUUGGACGAAGCCCGCCUUUCUUUGCUGCUGCAGUUUUGUGUUGGUCCUUUACUUUUUCUGGUCUACUUGCUUUGGUUUUUGUUUUGUUUUUUUCAUGGGGUGACAGGAGACUUUUGCAGCCGUCAGAGUGAAAAUUUGAGAAUGAGCCUCAGCUGCUGAUGGAUAUUUUGCACCAGCUUUUUCAGCGUCAGCUAUUCCAAAUUUGUGUCAAUAACAGAUUUUUAUUAGAUUGACAUUGGCAUCUGCAAUUGUGUAAUGAAUGGCUGUGUAAAUGUACACGCUGACUGGGCUGUGAACGGCCUCAUUUGUUCAGAGCAAUGAUCCUGCCGUAUCCUGUGACGUGUCUCCUGUUAUGUGUUUUUAACUGAUGUUGUAGUUGUAUAACAAAAAAAAGGGAGAUAAGUAGUGAUCUAUUUUAAGUUUGCUACACCAAAAUAUUUUCUUAAUCCUCUCUUCUACAGCUUUGGGUUUCAUUCAUCGUGCUGGGUGCUGGGGUUGUUAAAAGAUGGCUUUGCAUUUUGGGAUAUACUCUUUUUUUUACUUUCUUACUGAGCACUAAAUACAUUGGAUUUGGAUGGUUUUCAACAUUAGCAUCAUCUUAAAAUUGGUUCAGUCCCCCUCCUGGCCCCCAUCAGUCUACACACAAUACUCCACAAGAACCUAGUAUAAUAGGACUUUGAAGUGUUUUGUCAAGUUAUUAAGAAUAAAAACCUGGAAUAACCCAUUUGCAUGACUACCCAUCACUUGUGUUAAAGCUCCUUUGGCAGCAGCGAACGGAAAUGAACCUUCAAGCUUUCAUUUGAAGAUUUCUCCAGUUCUCCUUAGCAAAAUUGUUAAACCUCAGCCAGCUCAGUCAGACAUUUCCAGGACUCUCCAGAAGUGUUUAGGUCUGAACUCUGGCUGGGUCAGUCCAGGAGUUUUCCCAGAGCCACUCCUGUGCUUUUUUGGCAUUGCACUAGGGCCUUUUUUUCCUGCUGAAAUAUAAUCCUGAGCACUCUGACAAAGGUUUUCACUCAGGAUUUCUCUAUAUUUUCUGCCUUCAUCAUUCCCUCUAUCCUUACUGGUUUCUCAGUACUUGACAGAAAAUUACUGAUGGAGCAUAAUGCUGCCACCUCUGUCUUUGACUGUAGGAUUGGAAUUAAUGAGGUGAUGCCCAGUGCCUAGUUUCCUCCAUGCGUCUGUCUUCAUUUUAGAUCAGAUUGGAUUACUGUCUUAAUGAAUGUUUCUCCCAUCCCUACAAAGGAGUUUAUUCAUAGUGACUACUGGGUUCUUAGUUACAUGGCCUCUGUCCCAGUUACGGAGUUUGGCUGAAACAAGGAGAACAUUUAAUAAAAGUAGGAAGCGCCACAACUGUGAGUGUCAUAACAACAGGUUUGUUAUCAUCCAUCCAUUCAUCCAUCCAUCAAUCUUCUGCCACUUAUCUGACACUGGGUCAUCAGUCUAUUCACAACACAGGGGUCAUGUUUACCUCUGUAGCAUCCCCUUUUCUUUUAACGACAGUCUGUAAAUGUCUGGGAACUGAGGAAACCAGCUCCUGGACCUUUGGGAAAGGAAUGUUGUUCCAUUCACAAAGUCCAGUGUCAUAGCAUCAGAAAUGCAGGCUUUCGAACUGAACACUCUUGAAUCCAUUUUACCAAAAUUUUGAUUCAUCUGACUGCAGAACAGUUUUCCACUUCCAAAACUGAGGUUAUUGUACUAAAAAUCUUAAAGAUACAGUGUCUAACCAGAUGCUUACUCUGGAUGGCUUUACCUUGGCCUCCAGUAACACUGGGAUGAGUCUUGGAGUCUUUUUUGACCAGGAUGUCUCCUUCAAUGCACAUAUUAAAUAUUGUAAGGUAAAGACCUUACAAUAAAAAGCACCUUGAGGCAACUGUUGCUGUGAUUUGGUGCUUUAUAAAUAAAACUGAAUUCAACCUGAUGCUCUUUUCAUACCCAAUCAUCUUAAUGGCCUGCCUCAAGUUAACCUGAUAAGUAGCAAACUCUUCAUCUAGAUAUUUGUUUUAGCACCACUUUUAGGCUUUUCUUGUCCCCAUCCAAACUUUUUUGUGAUAUUCCGCUGCCGUCAACUUCAAAUAAGCCAACAUUUCUCAUAAAAUGGUAUAUUCUCUGUUUAAUAUCUUUAUUAAAAUAUGGGUUUAUGAGAUUUGCAAAUCAUUGCAUUCUGUUUUUAUUCACAUUUCACAGAGUGACCCAACAGUUUUUUGGGGUUACGCAUGAAGACAAUAUUUCUGUCUCUAAUUUUAGUACAGUAUCACAGGACUCUGAAAACUCUGUUUUGUUAUUGUGGAGUAUUAUGUGUAGACUGUGUUUAGAAAAAAACUGAAUUCAUUUCAAGAUUAGUCUAAAACAUAAUAAAAUGUAGAACAGGAUGUAAAAACUUCCCACAUACAAUUUUGGCACUACUGUUAAAGCUUUUUAGGAAACUAUUGACUUCAAGCUACAGUCAGCAAAAAGUUAAAUUACCUUAGCAUAAAGGCCGGAAACAUUGGGGAAACUGGUGUUUUAAAAAGUAAACAUUUCUUAGUCUUUACAGCUCACCAAUUUAGUUAUAUCUUGUUGAUUUAAUUAUAAUGAAAACAAAAGUCAAAAACAACAGCUGCAGGGAUUUUCUAUGGGUUAUAUGAGUGUUUCAAAGUAGAGGCUAGCAUCAGUCAAAGUAGAGGCUAGCAUCAUCAGCACAAAUCUUGUUAUCCUUCAUACAUUUUUUAAAGUUCUUUGUACAUAUUAUUGCUGAUACAUAUGUUACAAUUAAGUUGGUGAUAUUGAGAAUUGCCCUUUGUAGAUUUUUGUGCUUUUUUUAAGGCUAAGGUACCUAUUUUUAAAAUUUUUAUGCUAAGCUAAACUGACGAACCGCUGGCUGUAGCUUCACCAAGAGGGGAGAGAUGAGUGAUAUAAAUUAUGUCAUCUGAUGUAACCUUCUGAACAGAAGGAUAAGCAUAAUUCCCAAAAUGCCACCCUUUGUCUUAAAGCCUUAGAAAUGCAUGGAUUUUUGUUUGCAGUGCAGCUACAAGCUACAGUAGUGUAGCUUGCAUGUGGUUAGGCGGUGGUGGUGUGCAACAGUGAUAAUUGUAUGUCUGAUUUUAAUGAUGUGUGUCCACUCCGCAGCACAACAUGCCUUUCUGGAGGAUAUCAAGUCACUCUGACCUGCUGGCAUUACACCAAGCACUGGAGUUUGAGUACCUGUAACUAUUAUAGCAAUAUGGACUCAUUGCAUUGUCACAUGGACACGGUCAGCCAGGCAGCCCCUUUCUUUUGUAUAACUAUUUAAGAACACACGACACUGCAAGUGUUUCUGUGAUUACUUUCGUUUCCUGUCUUGUUUUUGAAUGUCUGGAUUUACAAACUCGUAACGGUCUUAAGAGGUUAAAGGAGGUAAAGAAGAGGAAAGUGGGAUUAGGAAAAGGCUAUCCGACACAUCCUUGCUCAGCCCCCCUGGUCCUGAUGCUGGGGACAGACCUCUGAAAAUCCAGUCUGCUGUUCUUGCAGCUGUAGCAGGCUAAAACUGUCAAGGCUUAAGACCUUCCUUGGACUGGGAGGAUAUUUUUUUCCCCUUGAGAUCUAGUUUGUGGUCAGAGCACCCAGGUGGAAAUGAGGACUUGUGGCAUCACUUGGGGGGGGGAAGAUCAUUGGCUAUGCAUUAAUUUGAAGGCUUCUCUGUACAGACCAUAUCAUGUAUACUGGGAUAACAGCUUUUUUUGUAAGGGUUUUGUUCCCAGUGGUAUAAUAAUCACGACAAAAGAAUGCAGUCUGUGGUAGAAAUUUGUGUAAAUUAUUUACAAUAAACUUACAUGACAGUGGUAGGGUUUUGGGGUUGUUUUUCUUUUUCUUUUUGGUCAAAUAAUUGGAAAUUUUGAGGCUCUUUUGUUUUUUCCUUCUGGUUUUUGUAUUUUGUUUUCUUUCUGGUGGGUGGGGCUUGAAGAUGUGCGUCAUGAUGUGUUGUGCCUUAAUGUGUUUGAAUGUCUUUUCUUUAUUCAGAAAUGUCUAUGUAUGUAGAUAUAAAGGAGAAAACUUAUCCACAUGACCUAUGCAUCUUCUUUCAUAAAAGAAACAAGAUCCUUAGCACAACCUGUGAUACUCUGAAACUAAAGUCACAAAAUGACAGGGCUAUAAUAAGAAGGGAGAGCAAUCUGUUAGUGAGCACACUGAGCCUAAAGCUAGAGUUUAACAUCCCUAUUGUGCUCUACCUGAACAGCUUGCCUUUGAACCUUAUACUGCAUACCUGACUCCUCUUAAGGUUAUUUUCAUGGUUUUUGCUUAAAAAAAACAUGAAAACCCAAAAAACAAACACACACACCACACAGGUACGAUUUCCUAUUCUGCUGAUGUACUGAGAGAGAUGACAAACAAUAGAAUAUUUUGAUUUUUUUUUUU